UGGGCCUGCUUUUCCACAACAUGGACUCACAGCUUUCCAUUUGAAUUUCAAAUUUUUUGAACGGUAUACAAGUGAGAAAGUCCACAUACAAUAAUACAGGACCAUAAAGAAUUCUAAAGUUUGGAUUUUUUUGGGGUUUCAGCAGCUGACGAAACAUGGGAGACUCAGCUUGUCUCAUGCAACCAUUUUCUUACACUUCUGGGAUUUCCAAUGAAGCAAAUGAGGGAAACCCCAUUCAUGCUCUGGGGCAGUCAAUCUCAUUUGGGAGGUUCAUGUCAGAGUCCUUAGCUUGGGAGAAAUGGUCAUCCUUCUCUCACAACCGCUAUGUUGAAGAGGCCGAGAGGUACGCCCGGCCUGGCUCGGUGGCUCAGAAGAAAGCUUUCUUUGAAGCUCACUACAAGAAAAUUGCAGCUCAAAAGGCGGCAGCCUUGCUUGAACAAGAAAAUGCUGCAGCAAACAAUGCCCCAAAACCAGCUGAAGAAGAAGAUCUAGAUCACAACAUUAGUACCCAUGAUUUGCAGAUGACGAGUGAAAACUCCAACGAGGUUGUUGACCAACAACCUAAGGUCAAGGCCCCAUAUACUGAGGCAUAUUCUACUGUCCAUGACAAUGGCUAUGGUUCAAAUGCUGGGAUGGAUAUAUUUGAAGGUGGUACUGUGGAUGAAGCUGAUCUGGUAUCUGAAAACCAAGUUCUUGUGGAGAAUUCUUUGGAAGUUGAACAACAGAGCCACCUUAGGGAUGCUGAUAAUCACAAGCUAAAUGAAAUGGAGCUCGGUGGAACACCGCAAAUGAAGAAACCCCUAGUGAAGAGUUGCAUCUCUAAUCAAGAUUCUUUGGGGCCAAUGAGCAAGAAGAAACUACCACUUUCUUCCUCAAAGUCAUGGAUUCAUAAGAGAGCAUCUAAGCUCCCAUCUUCACCUGCCAAGCACACAGCUCCUAUUUGUCCCAAGAAGGAAAAUAAUGCUACUCCAAUGAGUAUGAAGCCAGCAAUAGACUCUGUGGAUAAGAAGAGAUCUCCUAAAUCACAUCAUAAGUCAGUCAAUUUCACUCCUAUUAGAGAACUUAAUAGAUUCACUUCAAAAGUAAUCCGGAAGAUUGAAAGUUCAAGAGUUGGUGGUAGUUCUUCUAAGGCAUCAAAAGAUUGCUCGACUCCUUUGAGGACCCCAACUAUGGUAUCUAAAAAUGUGGAACAAAUGCAUCCUUCGGCUACCCCUUGGUCAGAGAAGAGAAGGGCCAGAACACCACUUGAUCCCUCAGUCUCUGGAAGUAAAACAGUCGGCCAAAAAUGGCGCUUGCUCACAACCGAUUGUUCAAAAUAUUUGAGUGCAUGCAGAAACAAAAUCCAGUCUCCAAAUUUAUCCACCCCUUUCUUCUUCAGGACAGAGGAAAGAGCUGCUAGGAGAAAGCAGGCAAGGAAGCUAGAAGACAAAUUCAAUGCUAAUGAGGCACAAAAAGUGCAGCUGCAAACAAAACUCAAGGAGAAAGCAGAAACAGAAAUUAGAAGACUGCGCCAAAGCCUUUGCUUCAAAGCCAGGCCACUGCCUAGUUUUUACAAGGAAAGAAAAGAGCAACCGAGUGAGAUAAAGAAGGUUCCAUUGACACAUCUGCAGUCACCAAAACUAGGAAGAAAGCCCACUCGAGUCAUGGUAGAGACUACAUCCCCUCUUCCUCCUCAGAAGCCUUCAAUCAAAAGAAGUGGCUCCAAACAUGUCCAUGGAAAGGAUAGUCGAAUUCCAACUCAUUCUCUCACUCCACAAUCUGUAGUGGAUACUCAUGAGAAUAAAUCUCCAAAUAUUCCCAUGGAUAGCCAGAACCAAAGAUACUACAAUUAGAUAUGCACAGCAGAAUAUCAUGGAACAAUGUGCAAUAUUGUUCAAUAAUGCCACUGAUGCUUAGAGCUUAGAAAGACUUUCGGAUUUGCUUAAUGAUUCAGCACACCAGAAAGAAGCUGCCAGGAAUAUGGGACCAUUUGUUCAGAGCAAAUUCGUACAUUUAUGCAGAGUCUCCUUCUGAAAUUAGUACUUUGCAGGCGUGUAUAUUGUAAAAUGUUUUCCUUCAUCUGUACCAAAUACUAUAAUUGAAUGCAUCGCCUAACUUCUUGAUCCCACC